AUGGAGUCUUUUGGUGCUCUCAAGCGUCGGACGACGGAGAUUCUCCAGAACAUCCCCCAGAAUCUCCCCAACAUGCCCAAUGUCAAGGUGAAGAGGCCAUCUCUCUCUCAGGGCUCUGGACCCAAGCCCAUGAAGGGCACCUGGGAGAAGAUUGACGUUCCUCCUCUGCCUCGCUCGUCUCACACCGUCAACGUCGUCAACGGCACAGCCUACAUCUUCGGCGGCGAGGUCAGCCCCCGUGAACCCGUAGACAACGAUGUCCUUGUCCUUCGCCUGCCCUACAACAGCGCUGGUGCCGACUACUACAAGGUCAAGUCCGCACCUCCGAAGCAGUACACCCCGCCCGCCGAUGCUGCCCCCGCUGCUGCUCCCGCCCCCGCCGAGAAGAAGAAGGUCGUCGCGCCGACAAUCGAGGAAAAGGCCGACCAAAAGGAGCAGCUUCUUGACGAGGUGUCGUUGGCCUCUCCAGGAGCUGGUCCUGCCGCCGAAGAGAGUUCGUCCGAAGAGGAGAGCUCUGAAGAGGAGGACUCUGAUGAGGAGAGCGAAGAGGAGACCACCAAGGACAAGGGCAAGGGUCUAGAAAAACCCGCUCUGGGCGACGUCCCUUGCCCUCGAGUUGGUCACGCCAGCGCCGUCAUUGGCAGCCGCAUCUUCGUUUUCGGCGGUCGCGGAGGACCAGAGUUGGCUCCCCUCGAGGAGGCCGGCCGUGUCUGGGUCUUCGACACUCGUACCAACACCUGGACUUUCCUUGACCCCGUCCCCCCGGCUCCCGGCGUGACCAACCUACCCAUGCCUUCACCACGAAGCUACCACGCUGCCGCUGCCACCGACCGCCCCCGUGAUUUCGCCCCUAAGCGCCCGCGCCGUGCCCAGACCUGGAAGACCUGGGCUCUUGGGGACAGUUCCGAAACUGGCAUCCCUCAGGCCCCCAUUGUCGGCCAUCUCGCCGCUAAUGCCGUCGACGAGGAGGAUGAGGGAUACGGCACCUUCUUCGUUCACGGUGGUUGCUUGGCAGGCGGCGAGCGCACCAACGACCUCUGGGCAUUCGAUGUCCGAAGCCGUGUGUGGAGCCAGCUCCCCUCAGCGCCCGGCCCGGCGCGUGGAGGCGCUGCCAUCUGCGUGAGCAAGAGCCGUCUGUUCCGAUUUGGCGGGUUCGACGGCAAGAAUGAGCUUGGUGGUCAAUUAGACUUCAUUCACCUCGAGAUGGAUACUUUUGAUGACGGCGUUUCCAAGGGCGAGAUCGCCGUCCACGGUCGCGGCGGAUGGCAAAGCAUUGUCCAGGGUGCCAACUCUGGCGAGCAGGAGAUCAACCUUAUUCCCGGCCAGACAUGGCCCGGUCCCCGCAGCGUGGCUGGUCUCGAAGCUGUAACUAUUGGCGCCGGCCGUGAGUACCUGUUGCUCAUCAUGGGCGAGCGGGAGCCAAGCUCGGACGGCCAUGCCGGCGCCGGCGCCAUGUGGGACGAUGUGUGGGCAUUCCAGGUCCCGCCUCUCGGCAUGACUGCCGCCAGCGUCCGGGAUGCCAUGUGGUCCAGCAUGGGCUGGCAGACGGGCGAGGGCAGAUGGACGCAGCUUACCAUGGAGCCCUACGACGAUGAUAAUGACGAUGGUGAGCCGGCAUCGCGUGGCUGGUUCGCGGCAGCGCCAAUGGCCGACGUCGAGGAGAGCGGCGUGGUCAUCUGGGGAGGACUGAGCUCAGAGAACAAGAGAUUGCGUGACGGAUGGAUCCUGAGGAUCCCCGAGUGA